ACUUGUCUCCAAAAAUGAAAUUUCUCCCAUUGGAACAAACGCCACAUUGCCUGAAUCCCUUUAAUCUUAGAAAAUCUAAACCCAUAUGAACGCCUAAGGUACUUUUACACACAUCUAAGAAAUGCAGCUGAAUGGAACUGCAGGGGCCACAGACACAAGAACUUGAACCACGUUUAUGGAAAGUUAACUCUGUUUGUCACUGGUCUCUUUUCCUUAUUAAUAAAGAAGAGUAUUUCAUCAGGAGCGUGGGAUGUAUUAACUCCAACUUGUUAAUAUACUAACUUGGAAUAGUGUACUGAAAACAAUUCUACGUACCGAGGCACUUGUCCUGCCUAUAGAACACUUUUCUGAUAAUGCAACUCAAUGGAAGAAAGUAAUGUUUUGAUAAGGAUGCGUGAAGAUCAUUCCUUUCAUGUUCGCUACAGAAUGGAAGCUUCCUGUCUGGAACUGGCCUUGGAAGGCGAGCGGCUUUGUAAAGCAGGAGAUUGUCGAGCUGGCGUAUCUUUCUUUGAAGCUGCAGUUCAGGUUGGAACAGAAGAUCUCAAAACUCUAAGUGCUAUUUACAGUCAGCUAGGCAAUGCUUAUUUCUACCUGCAUGAAUAUGCAAAAGCCCUGGAAUACCAUCACCAUGAUUUAACCCUUGCAAGAACCAUUGGAGACCACGUAGGUGAAGCUAAAGCUAGUGGCAAUUUGGGAAAUACCUUAAAGGUGCUUGGGAAUUUUGAUGAUGCUAUUGUUUGUUGUCAAAGGCACCUAGAUAUUUCCAGAGAGCUUAAUGACAAGGUUGGAGAAGCAAGAGCACUUUAUAAUCUUGGAAAUGUGUAUCACUCCAAAGGAAAAAAUGUAGCCUGUGCUGGGACUCACGAUCCAGGGGAGCUUCCAGAUGAAGUGAAGGCUGCAUUACAAAAAGCUGCCGAUUAUUAUGAGGAAAACUUGACAAUAGUGACAGAGCUGGGUGAUAGAGCAGCCCAGGGACGCGCAUAUGGAAAUCUGGGGAAUACACAUUACCUUCUGGGCAACUUCAGGAGUGCGGUUAUAGCCCAUGAACAGCGUCUCCUAAUUGCAAAAGAAUUUGGUGAUAGAGCUGCUGAAAGAAGAGCAUACAGCAAUCUUGGAAAUGCGUACAUAUUCCUGAGUGAAUUUGAAACAGCUUCUGAAUACUACAAGAAGACACUACAACUGGCUCGACAGCUUAAAGACAGAGCUGUGGAAGCACAGGCUUGUUACAGUCUUGGAAAUACAUACACUUUGCUCCAAGACUAUGAGAAAGCAAUUGACUUUCAUCUAAGGCACCUUACCAUUGCUCAGGAACUGAAUGAUAGAAUUGGUGAAGGAAGAGCAUGCUGGAGUUUAGGAAAUGCAUACACAGCAUUAGGAAAUCAUGACCAAGCUAUGCACUUUGCAGAAAAGCACUUAGAAAUUUCAAGAGAGGUAGGAGAUAGAAGUGGAGAAUUAACCGCUAGACUUAACUUAUCAGAUCUUCAAAUGGUGCUUGGUCUAAGCUACAGCAUAAACAACUCCAUGAUAUCAGAAAUCCAUGCUGUAGAUAACAGUUUGGAUGGUGCAAGACCCCGGGUAGGACGCCGUCACAGUAUGGAAAACAUGGAACUUAUGAAAUUAACACCUGAAAAGAUUCAGAACUGGAACAGUGACAUUCUUGCUAAACAAAAACCGAUGGUUGCCAAACCUUCAGCAAAGCUACACUUUGUGAAUCGACUAAAAGGCAAAAAGUACAAAAAUGGCACAUCCUCCAAAGUUCUGCAGGAUGCUAGUAAUUCCAUUGAUCAUCGACUUCCAGGCUCUCAGAGGAAAAAUAGUCCUGAUAUGACUGGAGAUGAAGGGUUCUUUGACUUGCUGAGUCGGUUUCAGAGCAACAGGAUGGAUGAUCAGAGAUGCUACUUCCAGGAGAAGAGCAGAAUGACAGCUGCAGCAGCAUCAUCUACCCCACCUAAGACAAUGAGAAAAUCCUUUUCUACUUCCAUGGUCUCACCACACACUGAUGAAUUUUUAGAUCUACUUGCAAGCUCACAGAGCCGCCGCUUAGAUGAUCAACGAGCCAGCUUUAGCAAUUUACCUGGGCUUCGUCUUAAUCAGCACAACAGUCAGGCAGUCCUUGGCCACCUAAUGGCUAGCAACAACAGAGAGUCAGAUGAUGACUUCUUUGAUAUCUUAAUAAAAUGUCAAGGUUCCAGGUUGGAUGAUCAAAGGUGUGCUCCACCAUCAACUGCCUCAAAAGGACCAACUGUACCUGAUGAAGAGUUUUUCAGCCUUAUUUUGAGAUCACAGGCCAAGAGAAUGGAUGAACAGAGAGUCCCUUUACCCUCCCGUAUAAACAGACCAAAUCCUAACAAAGACUGUUAGAAGGAGAAGCCUUGUUGCAUUUGUACUGUAAUGUAAUAAAGAAUCUCUGUUCUUUUUCUGCAGGGAAAACUAUAAUAUGCCUUUAAAGGAAAAGGGGUGGUUGCAGCACCAAUGACAGUUGGAUAUGCAGUUGAAAAUAUGUGUAAAUAGCUUAUCGUUUUAAAAAUAAUGCUAAGACAGUGACUGUGCUACCCUCCUGUGAUUGUUCUGCAAAAGGUGCAGUUGCUAGAACUACUACAGAUUAACUCUGUGUCAGAGCUAAAUGCAUCAGAGUACCAUCUUAACUGUCUAAAGUGGAUAACAUUGUAAUCAGUAAAAAGUAGAA